AUAUGGUAGUGCGGUGUCCUCUUUUCACUGGUGGUUUUCUUCAGCAGCUAUCCCAAAGCGCGCGCUUCCCCCAACUGCCGGAGGCAAUAAAUUAAAAUGAAAUUCAGGUCUGGGCUGAAGAUAUAGAUUGAAGCAUCUAUUUUAGUGAUAUUUUGAAGAUUUUUUAUCUUGGGUCUUCAGUUUGAUUGCAUAUAGUGGAGCUUGGGGUUUGAUCUAUGUUGUCAUGCAGAGGCAAAAAUAUUUUCAUUGUAAAGCAUAUUUUGGUUCUGGAAAGAACCUAAAUGGACAGAUUGAUUCUAGAGUUCCUUGUAUAGUUCCCAGCUUUCUUCAUGAGAGAAGUGACGUUAGAUUAUGUCUUAUUAGGGCAAAGAUCCCAUCUACCAUCAAAGCUUUGGACACUUUCCGAACUGAAAGAGUCAGAGGGGCUAAUGAUAAUCAGGGGGAAUUAUCUGAUGAAGAUGAUGAGCUCUGUCCUGUUGAAUGUGUUAAAGAAUUUAAGACUGAUGAGGAAUUCUCCAAAAUUAUUGAAAAGGCCAAAGGAGCAGAUUCUUUAGUUGUGGUAGAUUUUUAUCGUCCUUCUUGUGGAAGCUGCAAGUACAUAGAGCAAGGGUUUGCAAAAUUAUGCAGGGGAUCUGGAGAUAAAGAAGCUGCUGUAAUCUUCUUAAAGCACAAUGUAAUCGAUGAGUAUGAUGAACAAUCCGAAGUUGCUGAACGACUUAGAAUCAAGUCUGUGCCCCUCUUUCACUUCUAUAAAGGCGGGGUCCUGUUGGAAGCAUUUGCAACCAGAGACAAAGAAAGGAUUGAUGCAGCCAUUUCUAAAUACACAUCUCCUGCAUUUGAAGAUGCUUAAAAUAGUCCAGAUAUGAUUCAAGUCCUUGCACCUUUACAACAAUAGCGGGUAACUUCCAUCAAGGCCUGCUUGGCUCGAGUAUAAUUAGAAGUAACUAGGCUUCUGUAUAUCGUUGAAGAUGGAACUGGGCGUGUUUAGCCGAUGCAAAAGAAUCAGGUAGGGGGCUUGAAAACCACCGUCAUCUGUCCUCCAUAACUCACCAAUUGAAUGGUUUAUAAGCACUUGAUUGAUAUCAUAUUAAAGAAUCUCCAAAUGUAUCUGUUCUAUUCUUCUGUAACCCAACAUUUCUUUUGCAACCAAUUACUAGUUAUGAACUUUGAAUCUGAAA